AUGGCCACUCAACCCCAGAACCGUAUACAAAUAUCCACGGACGAAGUCAACAGUCUGAUACAUGCAUAUCUCGAAGAAGCUGGUUGGUAUCCUUCUCCUGGAAAGUAUGAAGCCAAUAUAGACCAGUCUCCACUGCGCAGAGCGCGACUUCCUCGUGGUAAAUUACCAGAGUUACUUGCGAAGAGCCUUCUUUAUGAAGAAGUCGAGACUCACUGGAAACAGCCGGCUGGAACCUGUAACCAACCAUUCACUCUGCUUGGGCCGCAUGAAUGUAACUGGCAACCAGAAAAGGAGAUUAGCGCACUCGCAAGUGCCAUCGUACCAGCUCAACCUACAAGCUCUGAGAAAAAAGGCGAAGGCAACGACGACCAAGAAAUGGCCGAUGCUUCACAGCCGGACGAGUUCGAGCGCUCAAAUGUUCAGGCAUUUAUCCAAGGAGUUCACACUGGAGAGGGUAAAUGCACAUUGUCAUCUCCAGAACUGAGUCUGAUGAUUCUGUACAGGUCCAAGGAUUCUCGAGUAGUCAUUCAACAGAUAUCAUGGAAAGGGGACAAUAUCAGCGAAUCUUCUUACGACUUAUUGGACGCUCUUGUACACCGCUUAGGAGAGAUGAAUCCCGAAUUAGGUUAUGAAAUCAACUUCCUGGAGUGGAGCCGCGAUGGCAACUACCUAGCUACUGGGGGCUCUGAUGGACACAUAAGAGUAUGGAAUAAGAGGGAUAACCUGCUAUUGUUUUGCAAGGACACUCACGGUCCGAUUUCGACCGCACGCUUCUCCCCAAAUUCAAAAUACCUUCUUUCCUCAAGCAUCGACGGUAACCACCUCUUAUGGGACGUCGAAAAGCAGAUAAUUGUACAAAAGUAUAACUUCAAAAGCGACGACGUUAUGGACGUAGCAUGGAUCAGUGACACUUCCUUUGCGACAACUUGGCCAGAUUUCCGUAUACAUAUCCUAAUUACCAAUGCAACAAUACCCUUUCGGACAUUCAAUGGUCAUAAGAGCGACGUCAAUCAACUUCGACUUAGCCCGGAUCGAAAGAUGCUUGCGUCUGUUAGUAAUGACGGAACCGCGAGAGUUUGGGUGGUAGAACCCCUAAAAAUGGAAUGGAGAUCAGGGAAGGUCCUUCCUGUAGAGGGGUCGGUCGGAG